AUGAGGCCGUGUCUUUUGAUUACUGGCGCGGCUCUGACUGCUGCUGCCGCUACGUGUAAGCCCAAGAAGCUCUUCGACAACCUCGUGACGUUCGGAGACUCAUAUACCGACAAUGGUCGCCUUGGGUACUAUAUCAACAACGGCGGAAACCCUCCACCGCCAGGCGAGUAUCAGACCGUGUCGAAUGUGACGGCGAGUGGUGGACUUGCAUGGGGCCAAUUCGUUGAGCAAUACACUGGGGCGAAGUAUUACGACUACGCCAUCAGCGGCGCGACAUGUUCGAAUGAGAUUAUUUCUCGCUUGUUCUCAGCCAUCAACAAGCCCUUCCCUUCUGUCAUCGACGAUGAGAUCCCGUCUUUCAAGGCGGACGUGGGUUACAAGACGCUGUACGCCGAUCGGACCUCCGACAACACCGUGUAUGCGCUUUGGAUCGGGACCAACGAUCUGGGGUUCGGGGCUUUCCUGACGGACUCACAGGCGCCGGGCACGAACCUAACCACGUUUGUCGACUGCAUCUGGUCCGUGUUCGACAACAUCUACGAGACGGGUGGGCGGCGGUUUGUGCUCCUCAACGAGGCGCCGCUGCAAGUGGCGCCCAUGUACGCGGCCGAGAGUGCUGGCGGCGCCGGCAACAACCAGUACUGGCAGAACAAGACGCUGUAUAAUCAGACAGAGUACCAGUACAAGAUGAUGGAGUAUGCAACAACGGUUAACACGCUGUUCGACUACGGCGUGCCCUUCCACCUGCUCGUCAAAGCACGGUGGCCCGGUGCCCAGUUCAGCAUCUUCAACGUCCACGAUCUGCUAACAGAUAUCUACAAUGACCCGGCGGCGUACCUGGACGCGCCGGCCAACUCGCAUGGCUUCUAUCACCACUGCGUGGCGACGAAUAACUCGGACUGCACGAAUGCUGGGGAGCCUGCGUCGAGCUUUCUGUGGUAUGACGAGCUGCAUCCGUCGGAGAAGACUGACAGUAUCAUUGCGAAGCACUUCAUUGAUGUGGUCGCUGGUAAUUCGACAUAUGGGACAUACUAUGGCCAUUUAUGA